AUGAUCUACCGACUCUUGUUUCUCUAUUUCUCCGUGGUUCACGCUGAGCUAGAGAUGGUUCAAGUUCUCGUCAGACACGGAGACAGAGCUCCAUCCUUCACCUUCCCUCUUGAUGAGCCGUUCGAAGUGGAGAAAUAUUUUCCUCGUGGCUAUUCUCAGCUAACACAACAAGGAUUCAAACAAGCAAAAGAGGUUGGAACCUUCUUGAGAAAUCGAUACAGCGGACUUGUGGAUGGAUUCAAUCGAAAGGAGACUUUGAUCAGAUCCAGUGAUAAGGAUCGUUGUAUUGAGACAGCGAUGGGAAUCACACUAAGUUUGUUUCCGGAUGACAUUGUUCCUGUUCACACUUUCUCUCAUUACAAACAUGAUUUGCUCUUGAAACCAAACAGUGUCUACUGCCGACGUGUCGAUGAACUGGUCAAGGAUGAUAAGAAACUAUUGAACUCGGUGGUUGAUCGUCACCACAAAGAGCUCCUCUCAUUCCUCUCCGAAAAGACCGGAUGGGAUGUCACUGGAUCAAAAAUCUCCGACGUCUUCAAUGUUCUGUACAGAAAAUAUUCCAACAAUGUUCCUCAACCAGUAUGGGUCAAUGAGGUCCUCUCAAAUGUAACCGAAUUGAAGAGACAGUAUAGAACAAUUCAGUUCGAUUCUGACGAGAAAUCUAAAAUGAGAACUGGAUAUCUUCUUGGUCAAAUCACAAAAGAUAUGAAUGAGCAGAAAGACAGUGGAAGGAGAAUGAUUGUUUAUGCCACACAUGAUGCUACAGUAACCUCCAUGAUGUAUAGUUUGGGCAUUUCGGAUCACAAAUUAAUCCCAUAUACGGCUGCUUUGAUUUUGGAAUUGCACAAUGUAAAUAAUCGAAAACAUGUAAAGAUUAUCUACCGUAAUUCUACCGUAUCCCCACCCCAAGAGAUGCGUCUUCCUGGAUGUGAUGUCCUUUGCCCAAUGGAGGCCUACCAACGUUUUGUUUCCAACCGCAUCGUAGCAAACAAAGAAGAACACGACGCCCUUUGCCAGAAUCACAUUUUCCAGAAUAUUCAAGAACCAAAGUUUGAUUCUUCUCUUCCCCAAAAUCUUCCCGAAGAAGAUAACCUCUUAUCAACAACACUUCUCACAGUUGGAUCUCUUUCUUAUUUCGAUCUCUAUGCUAGUAUGAAAAUGAAAAAUUGA